AUGAACAAGUACUCCAGAAUCGAACAAGCUAAAAACUUAGCGUUUCAAUGGAAAGCAUCGAACACCGACCAAAGUGAAAUCACACAAAUUCUACAAAGUGCACUGAAUGGUCAAUCUGUAGGACUGAAAGCUAAAGUUUUAUUCAAAGGAGAUAAGGAAACUGUGUGUUCAAAACACGCGAAAAAAAACCUCAUCAAAUGUAACAUUGUUGUCGCUGACACUACUGGAGCGAUAACUGUAACUCUGUGGGAAAGUCAAAUCGCCAAAGUUGAACAGCACAGCUGUUAUCACUUCAAAGAACUUAAGUUGAAUCGGUACAAAAAAAACAUCUCGGCUCUUCCACAAAAACAACAAUUGAAAAUUGCGAAAACAUUGACAUUUCAGGUGGGAUUACCAGUGAAGCUGAAAACAUAA